CGUAACUGGCAGCCAUGCGCUAGGUACGUCAAAAGAAGAUGUCAAAUGGUUACUCAGGAAACAUAAUUUAUUUAUUACUGAUUAUCGUUGAAUUUCUGCUCAAAAUAAUAUUCGGUGUAAGUAACACGUUAUUCGUGGUCUUAGAGCUAAUACUAAGAAGUUUGUUUAAUGUGAACAUGACGGAAACGACGAAAAACGGCAAACGUGCCAACGACCCGAGCAAUAACCCAACUAUUGCAAACCGAGGCCUUAUCAGCGCAAACUGGCAGAAAUUUCUAUCAAGCAACCUAAUUUCGGACAAGAAAAUUGAAAAACCUUUACAAGAAAACUCAAAGGAUCACUUUACAGGAACUUUUAGACGCGCACGUAAGAAGAAAGCAAAAACCCAGGUCCUUGUACGAAACGAGCUAAAAACUCUUGAUAUCACUAAAGAAACUAAAGUUAAAGCUAGCAACAGUGAUAAUAUAGCUGAUGUCGAACAUUCAAUUCCUAAAAAACAGGAUAGUAAAAACAAAUUAACAAAAUUCAUAGCUAUAGAUUGUGAAAUGGUGGGUAUAGGAUACGAUGGAAGCGACCACAUGCUAGCCAGAGUGUCUUUAGUGAACAAAUUCGGUGACUGUAUAUAUGAUAAGUUUGUUAAACCGAGGGAAGAGAUCAUAGAUUACCGAACAAGUGUGUCCGGAGUCAGAAAAGAGGACUUAAUUAACGGUGAAGACUUUGCCAAAGUGCAGAAAGAUGUGGCAGAGAUGAUCCGGGGCAAGAUUCUAGUUGGGCACUCUUUGAAGCAUGAUUUGAGUGUAUUAUUCCUCUCGCACCCUAAAAGGAGUAUCAGAGACACGUCUAGAUACAAACCGUUUAGAAAGAUAACCAAAGGCAGCACGCCAUCCCUUAAACGUCUAGCAAAAGACAUCCUCGGCAUAGAGAUUCAGCACGGAGAACAUAGCUCCGUGGAAGACGCCCGAGCGGCCAUGCAGCUCUACUGCACGGUUGCUAAGGAGUGGGAGAGAAUGAACAGCGAGAAGAGAGGUUAUAGGAAAGAGGCUUAAUGUUAAGGUUGCCUUUUGUUUUAGUAUACCCUUUUCCUUAGA